AUGUAUGUUGGUGAAGCAAAUUCAUCAAAUACAAGAAAACAUCAUCGAAUUCAUCCAAUAACUGAACAUAAUUCUUCAACAAAUGAUAAUCAAAAAGGACAUACUAUUCUAAAUUUAUCAUCACAUGAUGAUGAGUUAGGAUCAUCACAAAAUAUAAAACAACGUACAAAUUCUCAAGCAUCAAAUUCAUCAUCAUCAAUUGAUAUACGUGCAAGUGAUGUUAUUAAACGUAUAACAAGUCCAUCUAGUACAAUAUCAAAUACAGAUGAAAUAUUACCACAAACAUUUUUUCGUCGUAUGUCAACUAAUUUUAAUAUGAAUUCAUUUGUACAAAUAACAUCAACAUCAACACCUAUUUUACCAGCUAUACAUGAUAUUAAUUCAACAAAUACAAAUGAUGAUAAUUAUAUUAAUUCAAUGAUAACAACAAUAACAAAUUUAAAUAAUAAUACAAAUGAAUGUGAAAUAUGUUAUUCAACAAAUGAAUGUGAAAAUUUACGAACAUGUAAACAUAAUUUUUGUUAUUCAUGUUUACAUAUAUAUUUACUUGACAAAAUACAUAAUGGUUGUUUAUCAUUAGUAGAAUGUCCACAUAGUGAUUGUAAAGAAAUUCUUCAUCCAAAUGAUAUAAAACGAAUUUUAAAUGAUCAACAAAUGUAUGAACGUUAUGAAACAUUUAUGUUAAGACGUGUCUUACAAAAAAUGCCUGAUACAAGAUGGUGUCCUUAUCCAAAUUGUAAUUUUGCUGUUUUGGUUGACAAUACACGUAAAGCAAAUAAAUUUGAUUGUCUAGUCUGUAAAAGACCAUUUUGUCAACGUUGUUCACAAAUUUGGCAUCCAAAUUUAACAUGUGAACUUGCAUCAAGUCAACGUGCUGCUCAAGAUCCUACACUUCAAAUGCUUAUAAAAUCCAAUUCGAAUGGAGGACUGAUUCGACCAUGUCCACGAUGUAAAAGUCCAAUAGAAAAAUUAAAUGAUGGUUCAUGUAAUCAUAUACGUUGUGCUAUAUGUACAUGUGAAUUUUGUUGGUUAUGUAUGAAAGAAGUUGAUAAUUUACAUUUUAUAACACCAACUGGUUGUACAUUUUAUGGUAAAAAACGUUGGUCAAAACUUAAAUCAAUAUUAUUUUUAAUAUUAUCAUGGAUAUUAACUCCAAUUAUAGCCAUAUUAAUAAUUGUUAUUGCUAUUCCAAUAUUAUUAAUAGCAUUACCAAUAAUAUUAACAAAAAAAUUUUAUCAAUAUUCACUUGAACUUGAUAUGGGUUCAAUUCGUCGUUUUUUUCUUUGUACAUUUGUAUUUAUAAGUACAUUUAUUUUAACACCACUUAUUUUGACUCUUGGUUUAAUGAUUGGUAUACCACUAUUCAUUUUUUUUAUUUAUUUUUAUAUGCCACGAAGAUAUAUAUCAGCAAAUUUUUAA